UUCUCUGUAGGUGAAAAAUUGAAAAAAAAAAAUCCAGGAUGGUGAUGCAAGGAAUGACCUUUUCUACCCUGAAGAAGCACCCUGCUUUGCUCCCUCUAUACGCCUGUGUAGGACUAGGACUGUCUGGUGCCAUCUUUUACGUCCUACGUAAUGCCACCCGUAAUCCAGAUGUCUCAUGGAACAAAUCCAGCAAUCCUGAGCCAUGGCAGGAGUAUUCCAAUAAGCAGUACAAGUUCUACUCUCCCGUCCGAGACUAUUCUAAGAUUGAGAGCCCAGCUCCCAAGUACAAUGAGUAAAAGCCUAUGCAUAUAUCCAUUGUUGAAAUGAAAAUCCCUCAUUGAUCUUCUCACCGUCAGCAACUGUAGUCAAAUUUAGCGACGUCUUAACAUAAUUGUAAAGAUAUAUGUAGUAAAGAAAAUUAAUGAACUCUACAAGAAUCCAGUCAAUAAAAUAU